CGCAGAAUUCAUGUCAACAUACAACCCAAAAUGUAAACAGAUCGUAGUACUCGCGAAUUCGGAACACUUUACUUCUUAUUUCCGAAACAGGAGCUAUAUCGAAGCCAAGUGCCCCGUCUACAGCUUGUCCAGUUUGGAAUGGAGUGCAAAUCACCCAACAUUGUUGCUGGAGAAGCUUCCGAAACGGAUGACGAUGAAACUGAGGUAAUAUCGAUCGAAAAAGGAAUUCCCCAUUUAUCGUCAUCCGGCACGGCACCUGCAUCGUUUACAUUCGCCAGGGAAGCAGUUGAAUCAUCGACAUCCACACCACCGCCCAUAGUGGUUUCGGAUGAGGAGAUGCAACGAAUGCACGUGCGACGUACGAUGAAUGAAAGAUGCAUAUCGCUGUUAAACGAAUUCAUCCACAACACGGUGAUAUCCGUCUCGAAGCAGCUCAAUGAGACGGACAACUUUCUCAUGAAAUCACAGAUGGUGCUCCAGAAUACGACCAUCUCGGUGAAAAAGAUGAACGACAACACGCACCAGAUGCAGAGCAAACUGCAGGACAUUCUCACGUUCAAUUUUGUACCAAAUAUUAACAUUUAAAUUAACCAGAACAAACAUGAAAACUUCAGAAAGGAAACAGACGGAUCCUACAAUGAGUGUAAGUACCGACAUGAAAGAAAGUAAAUCCGUAAACGGUUUCUUGAACGGUUGAAAAGGAUUAGUGCUUGAAAUAGUUUCGGAACUAAAAAAAACUUAAGCGUCGCUUCGCAAACGGAAGGGAUGUAAAAAAAACCCGGCACAUUACGAUCCAAAGCAAAAUGAUGAAAAAUACAAAACUGUAAUGCGUGCAAUCAGCACGAGUAUCCCUC